AUGGAACAGAUUCAAGUAUAUUUACAAAAUAUUCAAAAUAAUCCACUUUGUACUUGGUUAGUCAUUUCAGCUGGAUUAUUUGGAAUUACUAAAGCUUUAUUUUAUGCUAUCCCUGGACCACAUCAUCAACCUAAAUUAAAUGUACGUGAAAAAACUGUUCUUAUCACUGGUGCAAGUACAGGAUUGGGAAGAGCUUUAGCUUUUAAAUUUUAUAAAGAAGGUGCUAAAGUUAUUGUCACAGCAAGAUCUAUUGAUAAAUUAAAAUCACUAUGUGAUGAAUUGAUAGAAUAUUUAACAGAUACUAAAGAUGAUUCUAUAAAAGAUUUGGUAAAAAAAAGUAUUACUGGAGAUAAAAUUGAUGUUUUGGUAAAUAAUGCAGGUUUAUCUAAUCGUGGUUCAUGUCGUGAUACAUCUUUAAAAGUUCAAAGAGAUGUCAUGGAAAUUAACUAUUUUGGACAUGUGGCUGUAACAAAAAAUUUAAUUGAUUUUAUUCCAGAUGAUGGAGCUAUUGUUGUUAUUAGUAGUCUUCAAGGAAGAAUUGCUAUUCCAUAUAGAUCAGCUUACUCUGCCAGUAAACAUGCAAUUCAAGCAUUUUUUGACUCCAUGAGAGGAGAAGAAAGACCUAAUUUACAGAUAUUAGUUGUUUCAGCUGGUUAUAUGAAUACAGGUUUUGGUAGUCGCGCUGUUGAUACGGAAGGAGUUCCAGUCAAUAUUGAAGAUGAGAACCAAAAAAAAGGAUACUCACCAGAAUUAUGUGCUAAUUACAUUUAUCGUGCUUUAGUUGACAGAAAAAAUGAACUUAUUUUGGCUCCUCUUAUUCAUAGAAUAGCUAUCUUUAUUAGAUGGUUUUCUCCAAAUCUUUAUUUUUGGAUCACUUACAUAAGAUCAAAGAAAGAACGGGGUAUUGGAAGAAAAAUAAAAAAAGAUGAAUAA